CAAGACCCUUGAAUGCAUCGUACGUCAUACGGUAAAAAGGGGCAGCUGGGCUCUCCCAACAACUCAGGAGAGAUCUCCCUUGACAAUUUUAACAGUUUAAUAAUCCCUGAAAUCUAACGCUAGCUGACAAAACCAUACUAAGACAAACUUUGCUAACAGUUAGUAGUUAGCUAGUUGGUUGUAGUAAGUGAGUGAGAGGGGGGACCCUUUGGCAACCCUUUAACUGAUCAGCUGUGAUCACGUUCAGCAGCAUUUGUGGUCCGUUAAAAGAAGCCAUACGUGCUUCUCCGACAGAUUUUUAUGGAGGCUGUUUUGAGCUGUAAACCUGAGGAUUUGGAGGAUUACUACGGGUUACUGGGAUGUGAUGAACUGUCAUCGACUGAACAGAUUCUCAAUGAAUACAAGAUUCGAGCCUUGGCAUGUCAUCCAGACAAACACCUCGACAGCCCAAGAGCAGUGGCAGAUUUCCAGAAGCUGCAGGAAGCCAAAGAGGUUUUAUGCGAUGAAACCAAAAGGAAAAACUAUGAUCUUUGGAAAAGAAGCGGAGUUACGAUCCCAUUCCAUGACUGGCAGGCCUUGAACGACUCAGUGAAAACUUCAAUGCACUGGGCUGUGAGAAAUAAGAAGGAACCAAUGUUGGAGGCCUCCAAACCAGAAGACCCCAUCACGUCACAAGCAGAGAGCUUUCACUGUGAGCAGCAGGAAACGGGGAAAUCUUCAUGUGAAAGCACGACAUACUCGGGUGAUUUCUGCCAUCGACGCUUCCGCUGGGCUGGUGACUCUCCAUCUAAUCUGCUGCGGAAAUUCCGAAAUUAUGAAAUCUGAAUAUAUUAAAACUUUCAUGUUGUCCAAGUGUUGCUAGACUUGGGACCAUUUUAUUGUAAUGCCAGCUUUUAUAGAGUAUGUUUAGUUGUUAUGCAGCUGUGACAUCAGUAACUGUCUCACUGUGUUUACUCUUGCCUAAUAAUUGGUGGGACUGUUGCAAAGCUAACUGUCAGGUGUAUGUUACGUUUGGCUAAAUUCUUUAUUAUUAAUAUUAUUUUUCUUCCGUGGUGUGUACCUUCCCUACAGUUUGUUGUAGAGACAACAUUCUGGCACCAAAUUGCUUCCUCAUUUUAUUUCUGUCAUGUUUGAAUUAUUUAAUGUGUCCUCACUAAUAGCUCCUCAUUCAGGUGAAUGGGAAGAGAGCCAGAAAAAUGUUACUUCAGCCAUAAUUUUACCACUGAAUCAUAUAAAAAUUUGUCUUUUUUCUAACAAUGUCUUCCUCAAUGUCUACCAGAUGUAUACUUUGUGAUCUGGCGGCAUUUGAGUGAGAUGAGUUCCAUCUCACCGCCCAAUAGACUUAUAUGAAGCCUACAGGCAGUCUAUUGGGCAGUGAGAUGGAAUACAUAUAUAUGUAUCUCUCUCAGUAACAUACAGUGGAGGCAUGAUUGUGCGUGAUAUUAUUGUUUGCUGUAAUGUAUUGUGUUUGUAUUAGUAUUAUUCUUUGACUUCUUCAGCUUUGUUUGAGGCCAAACUAAUUCUUUGAAUUGAAACCUUAAGUUUUCCACAAUUGUGCUUUAGUACAGCAUGUUCACCCUUUAUCAGAAGGAAGUCACAACAUGUGGUCUAUAGCUAAAUAUAAUAUGUUAUUUUGUAAAGAUAUGAAAUCACUUAUUGUUUAGUUUGUUUUAACUGCACGGUCAGAAGAAAUAUAUUUUAAAUGUUCAGUAGCAAAACAUAUGAAGUGAACAGAGGUUUCAAAUCUUUAAAGCUAAUAUAGCUAAUAUAAAUAUAGUUAAAUAUUGAAAAUAAAAU